AUGUACACAAACUGCCUUGAGGAAUACAUUACUCUUGAUCAUAUGAAAGAGGUAAAAAUUACUCCAGAACAAAAUGCAUAUUACAUUCCUCAUCAUGCAGUGUUUAAAGAAGAUUCUACUACCACAAAAUUGAGAACAGUAUUCGAUGCCAGCAUGAAAGCAUCAAAUCAAAAAUCUCUAAAUGAUAUCUUAAUGGUAGGACCUGUAGUUCAAUCAGAAUUAAUUGCAAUACUCUUGAGAUUUAGAACCUAUAAAUAUGUUUUCACAGCUGAUAUUACAAAAAUGUAUAGACAAAUUCGAGUAAUUCCAGAACAUACAUGUUUCCAACUUAUAUUAUGGAGAAAAUCACCACACGAACCAAUAAAAACUUAUGCUUUACAAACAGUCACAUUUGGAGUAACAUCAUCUCCCUAUCUAGCUACUAGAUGUCUGAAAAAAUUAGCUGAUGAUGAAAAAAUGAAUUAUCCAAAAGCAAGUCCUGUGCUUCUAAAAGAUACAUACGUAGAUGAUACGCUCUCAGGAGCCAAUACUAUCGAAGAAGCAAUUCUAAUUCAAAAACAACUUAUUAAACUUACACAAAGUGCAGGACUACCAUUAUGUAAAUGGUCUGCUAAUCACCCAAGAUUACUGGAACACAUUCCCGAAAAUCAACGAGAGAAACAAAAAGUACUCUCGUUGGGGGGAGAGACUGGUAUAACAACUCUUGGGAUGCAUUGGUUAACUAAUGAAGAUAUGAUUUAUCCAAAAACUUUCAAAGUAGAGAAUACACCAGUUCACACAAAACGACAACUAUUGAGCCAAAUAGCUACAAUUUAUGAUCCAUUAGGUCUUAUUGGCCCAGUGAUCACUAUUGCAAAGUUGUUGAUGCAAGUAGUAUGGACAAGAACCAUUGAAAAUAAACAGUUGAAUUGGGAUGAUACCAUUCCAGAUGAUAUUUUAGAUCAAUGGAAAACAUUUGCCAAUCAAUUAGAAACACUAAAAACUUUAAGAAUUCCACGAUAUUUAUUCUCAUCAAAUAAUCCAAUUAUAUAUGAAUUACAUGGAUUUGCCGAUGCUUCAUCUGAAGCAUAUGGUGCAGUAGUAUACAUGAGAUCUAUUGACAAUAGUGGAAAGGUAAAUGUUAAUGUCAUAAUGUCCAAAUCAAGAGUCUCACCAUUAAAAAGACAAUCUAUACCUAAAUUAGAAUUAAAUGCUGCUCUAUUACUUUCAGAAUUGAUACAUAAUAUUUACAAUGUGUAUCAUAAUAUUCAAAUUAGCAAUGUACGUCUUUGGUCAGAUUCAGAAAUUGUUCUCUACUGGAUACAUACACCAAGUUAUAAACUUGAAGUCUAUGAAGCUAAUCGUGUUCAGAAAAUUCAGCAUCUUACAAAGAAUUUUUAUUGGGAUCAUGUGAUCUCCAAAGAAAAUCCAGCUGAUAUUAUUUCUCGUGGUUUAUUACCCGAAGAAUUAUUAAAUUCCACAAUAUGGUGGAAAGGACCUGAUUGGCUAUCAUCUAAUAAUCAAGCUUGGUCUGAAAAAGUCAAGUUUUCACCAGCUAAUAAUGUGACUCACGUAGGAAUUAGAAAAAUCAACAAACUUGUUGGUACUACAGUUGUUACAAAUUCUUGGUUCACCAGAUACUCGAACUAUUUUAGACUUAUAAGAGUAAUCUCACAAAUACUAAGAUUUUAUGUCAACGCUAGUGCAAAUAGAAAAAAGGGUUGUGAAGGUCCUAUAUUAAGUGGUCCUUUAAAAAUGAUUGAAUUUAAGAAUGCUUUAACACUACUAGUUAAAAUUGCACAAAGAGAAUCUUUCUCUCCGGAAAUAAAAGCAUUACAAUCAUCUAAACCAAUACCUAAAGAUAGUCCACUUAAAAAUUUGAAUCCUUUUAUGGAUAAUCUCCAAGUAUUAAGAGUAGGUGAUCCGAGUCCUCCGUUUCGUAUUUUAAACCAGAUACUGAAUAUGCCGACCGAUGAGGCCAAUCAUGUGUUAACGCAAUUGGUGAAGCUUUUGAAGACCAAUUUGUUGCCUCGACAGUACAGUUCAUACGCUAGAAAAGUGCUUUCUGUAUUGCGGGGUGAAGUUAAUCUUGAAGUUUUGAGGAUUGAUCUUGCUAAAAUGCAACAGUUUGCAGCUCGUGAUCAAAGUUUGACGGAAAUUGAGUCGAUACAGAUUCUUUCCAUGAGAUCUGAUCAGAUUUGA